AUGCCAAAUCCUGGGGAUGAGGCUGACAUGGGACAUGGGCAUGAUGCUAAAGAUAUUAAAAAUUUCUGUUGUGCUGUUGGCCUCUCCAAGGGCCCUUUCAUUCAGGGAAAAGUAUUGUUAGCUGAGCCCAAGGAUGCCAGAUUUUCAUUUAGCCAUGAUAUCAACAGUCAUUUGGCCAGCCUCUCCAUUGCUGGAAACACAAUCCCGACUCCCGACCCUGCUGUUGAGGACGGAAAGGCUUUGUGUGGCCCGGAUAACUUGAAUGCAGGUGUGGAAAAUCAGGGCCAGAUGAAGAUGUGCAUCAGCCAAGUGUGUCGGGAGACCGUGUCUCUUUGCUGCAACUCAUUUCUGCAGCAGGCUGGAUUAAAUUUGUUAAUAAGCAUGACAGUUAUUAAUAACAUGCUUGCCAAGUCCGUUUCAGGCUUGAUGCUUCCUUUGAUACCAGAGGGAAGUGAAUGUGCUGAGGGGCAGGUUGUGAAACCCCUGACGGGUUUGUCUGAAAAGCCAGCCUUGUCGGGGGAGUUGCUGAGAGCCCAAGUGCUAUGCCCCUUCCUGCCCCUCUUUGUCAGGAACACAAACAGACAGCUUCUCUCAGAAACCCUGGCCUCUUAAGUGGCCCCUCCAGCAGGGUGGGACUGAUCCACCCCAAAACAAAGCCCAGUCAAUGGGGGAACACACACUUGCGUUCUCAAAGACUCUGCAGCGGGUGCUAUUGAAGACCCAGCGUUAGCUGGCUCAGCACAUCUCUGGGUGAAAGUUGCAUUUGCUGAAUCCGGGACCACACUCUUACUGGUCAGGCAGGGGUUCCCACAGAGCUUUGAGUAACCUCUUGGGUUUUCAGUCUGCAGGCGAUGUGCAUUGUAAAUUGCUCCCUUGCAGCCUUCUCCCUGUGGUAAAGGGUCCUUUCAGCGGCCAGCUGUGGUUCAGGAACAACAUGUUCUAGCCUCAGUGGGGAUGCCUGGCCUGUGGUGGUCUCUGUGUCUAAGCUGGGCCAUGCUGGGGAGACCAGACCCAUAGGGGGCUUGUGCCAAAAGCGUAUCAGUUGCUGCUUAGAUGGGAUCCUUUCCAUUUACUCUCUUUUCUUCGGGAGCCUAUAAAUGAUACCUAUUGAGCAAAAAAAUACACCCCUCUUCUAUGCGCUGUACUGACUUAACCUUGUCCACCAAGUCUGCAUUUUUAUGUACAUUCAAUAAAGCUGUGUGCUUUGACUGGCAAAAUGGA